AUGGCGCUUCCCGAAGACAUCCAACGAGCUUCGGUGAUCGCCCUUUGUGCAAAUCCGGUACCUGCCAACAUUGUCAGCCAAUAUGGAAAGCGUGUUAUCAAGAUAUCCGAUCACGAAGUGGUGAAGUGGGGCCCGGAUAUAACGAAAGAAGAAGCCGAUAAUCAAAGGAUAGCCUAUGGGCUUGUGAAUAGUCGCAUAGUCCGUGUUCCACGCGUGUAUGAUUUCUUUUCUGAUAAGCGGGGCUGGGGCUACAUUGUGAUGGAGUAUAUAGAGGGGAGAGUCAUUCAUCCAUUGGAGGAUUCAGCCGCCCUUCAAAAGGUUGUCGACGUGCUUGAUUAUUUUGCAACAUUACGGCACACUAAUCCUGGCUCUCUAUGUGGAGGACCUUGUCGUGGGCUUCUCUUUCCCGAAACUGAAGAUUUGCUAUUCGAUGAUCUUGACGAGAUGGAGAAGUGGUUCAAUAGCCGGCUGUUGCCAGAUAACCCGAAGUUGUCUUUCCAGGGCUGUAACCUCGUGCUCUGUCAUUUAGAUAUCGCGCCUCGAAAUAUCUUGUAG